GGAAAAUAACGAAUAUUCCACCUAAUGCGAUGUUUCUGGUUUCUAUUUUGCCAUUAUAAGCACACUGCACUCAAACGUUAUUCGUAUGGUUUAUGUCUCCCUUUUCUAUCUGACAUAUUUUACAAUCCCGUAAACCAUGAAUCCAUACAUCACAUUAACGUUACCUGUCUUCUUCACUUAACGCCCUCUUCCAACAUUCUCGCCCGGAGUGAUACAAGUCAUGCUAGCACAGCUUCAGGUUGAACCAAAAUACGCAUUGUAAUACGAUUUUUAAACCAAGCCACAGUACCAGACAUGCCCGACUCGGGUUCAAAAGUGUCUGAUCCACAGCAUUCCCAGAAACUCCUCCAGGCGCUGCGAUCCUUCUGGCAAGAGCAGAGCUUCCAUGAUGCCCUGCUGGUGGUGGACGGAGAGGAACUUCCCGUUCAGAAGAAUAUUCUGGCUGCUGCAAGCCCUUAUAUAAGGACCAAGUUAAACUACAAUCCUCCAAAGGAAGAUGGCUCUACAUACAGAAUUGAACUGCAGGGAGUCUCCAUGGAAACCAUGAAACAGAUCCUGGACUACAUUUUCAGUGGUGAAAUCACGCUGAGUGAGGAGAUGGUCCAGGAUAUGGUGCAGGCUUCAGAUCUGCUGCUCAUGACUGACCUCAAGUUAUUAUGUUGCCAGUUUUUGGAGAGCUGCAUCACUGCUGAGAACUGCAUUGGUAUCCGUCUCUUCUCUCUUCAUUACUGUCUCUACCAUGUCCACUAUGCUGCUACUGAGUUCCUACAGACACACUUCAGAGACGUGGCUCUUACAGAGGAGUUCAGGGAGCUGCCUCAUGACCGGCUCUGUGAAAUCUUCUCUAUGGAGAAACUGAAUGUAGGCAAUGAGAAAUAUGUGCUGGAAGCAGCUGUGCGGUGGUUUGCUCAUGACCCGGAGGAUCGCAGGGUGCACAUGAGAGAGGUGAUGUCUACUGUGUGGACACAGGGCCUAGACCUGAGUUAUCUCAGAGAGCAGGCACUGGGUGAGCCCCUGAUGAGAGAAGUGGUUCGAGACUACUGUCAGUCUGUAAUAGGGGCUGGGCAGCUGCAGGGAGAGGCGUUGUUGGCAUCAUUUAAACCUCGAGGCUAUUCUGAGUGCAUUGUUAUUGCUGGAGGAGAAGAUCGCAAAACUCGGAAGCCGACCGCUGUGACCCGCUGCAUGUGCCCUCUCUACGACACGAACAGACAGGCCUGGAUAGAGCUGCAGCCCAUGAACUCUCCCCGACUGGGACAUGGGAUGGUGUCUGCUGAAGGGUUUCUGUUUGUGAUGGGGGGGACAGAUGAACAUAACAAAAUACUGGACACUGCAGAGAAAUAUGAUCCCGAUACCAACAGCUGGAGCCCUGUACCACCAAUGCUGCAGGCCCGGCAGAACUUUGGUAUAGUGGAGUUGGAUGGGUUGAUUUACAUCCUGGGAGGAGAGAAUGAUGUGAUGGAGCUGGUUUCUGUGGAAGUGUUUGACCCACACUUCAACACAUGGAAAACACAGACAGAUAUGACCAUGGUCCGCAAGAUCGGAUGUUAUGCAGCGAUGAACAAAAAGAUCUAUGCCAUGGGAGGGGGCUCCUAUGGGAAACUGUUUGACUCUGUGGAGUGCUUUGACCCAAAGACCCAGCAAUGGACUGGCCUGUGUCCCCUGAAGGAGAGGAGAUUUGGGUCUGUGGCGUGUGGCAUUGGACAGGAGUUGUAUGUGUUUGGAGGAGUCCGGAGCCAAGAGAACGAGAAUCCAGAGCAGAGACAGAUGAUGACCUGCAAGUCUGAGUUUUACCAUGAUGAGCUGAGGAGAUGGAUGCUGUUGGAUGAUCAGAGUCUGUGUAUUCCAACCAGCUCCUCAUUUGUGUACGGGGCUGUGCCUAUUGGACCAAACAUCUAUGUGGUUGGAGAUCUUGACACUGGUACUAGUUUUGAUUACAUUCGUGAAUUUCGUCGAAGCACUGGGACCUGGCACCGAACCAAGCCCAUGUUGACCUCUGAUCUGUCCAAAACCACCUGCACUGCACUGCGCUUCGCUAACUGUAAACUGUUCAGACUGCAGCUGCACCAGGGCAUGUUCCGCAUCCGAGUGUAGCUUUGAGGGCACAUGGGCUGCUUCUUUAUAUACACACUGGUACAGUCUGGUUUGGAACAGGCCAAAGAACAUUUUAAUCUUUUUUUUGUUUAUUUUAAUAUGUGCUAGAAUCAUGAUAUGAUUACAUUAUUCUCAUUUGAUUGGUGAUGGAAAGAAGCCUAAAUAACAAAGUGUAAAUAGUUGUAAUGCAGAGGGUUUGCGCUAUGAGAAUUUUUUCUUUUGCACACCCUUUAUGUGACUGCUAACUGUUUGGUUUCUGGGUUUUGUUUUGUUUUUUACUUGUAAGACCAGAAUGAACUACUGUUGUAUUACUAGCCUACUGUAAUCUACAAUGUAUCUCACUAGACAAGGUAGACCAGUUUAAAAAAAAAAAAGUAUUUAUUUUCACAGUAAAGCCUAAUAGUAUCAGUGUUGAGCAGCAGUGCAGGCACUGUUUUAGUUCUUUUUAAUGGAUUUUUAAACCUUCUAGAGUUGCAUCACAGUACACUAGCACGAUUAUUUUUUAUUUCUUCUAUAAGCAUUUUAUACUACAUGAGGGGAGUUACUAAUAGGGAAGUGCAGAUUAAGUAAUCAACACUACUAUCUGUAAGGUGUCGAUGUCUUCUUUUAAAAUGCAUUUCCUCUCCGACAACUGUUUGUUAGAGUUAGAUAUGCAAACUUCACAAUCAUGUAAAAUGUAAACUAACCAUCUCUCAAUGUGCCUCCAGCUAUUACUUAUGCAACAUUGAAACCUUGCUAGAUGUUCAAACUAAAAAAGCAAUAACAACAAACAAAGCAAAACUUUUCAAUCUGAAAUACCUUCCCUCUUUUAUCUCUAAAUAUUCAUAUUUACAUACAGUAAUUCAAUAUAGGAAUUGAUACAAAGGAAAAGCAGCCUCUUAAACAAUAGUAAAACAAGCUGAAAAUGGUGUUAUUUCUACUGCGUAGCAUCUCUUCAGUCUGCCCUUUCCCAUGCACUGUGUGAUGGGUGGACUUUAGAGCCCAUGCACUUUACCUGAUAAUCACUUUUAUCAGGGAUUGGGCUGUCUGAGUGCAGAAAUAGACAUCAUGUCUGUCACUCUCCAGUGUCACUUCUGAGUGGCUCGAUGUGUUUGGCUCCCUGUGACCUCUGACCUUGCUUUCCAGUCAGGACACUUUUGGCAGCCAUUGACCCCCAUUUGUUCCACCAGCAUGCAGCUGCUGCUGUCUGUCGUCAGGUGCACACUCCAUCAUUCCCUGAAAGUUGCACUGUUUUAAUGGACAGUUUCAUUGAAUUGUAACAUUGGAGUCUUAUUUGACAACACAAAUAGGACUCGAAUGUUGAUGUAAAAAGACUAGAGUGCAACCCCAAAUACCCUGAAAUUAGGUAUUUAUAACAAUGUGGGUACUAAAAUCUGUGUGCACACUCAAAUCAUGGGGACUGUCUGCCUUACGGGAACUAAAAAUCAUCUCCCCAUGAUAUAGGUCCUUCAAGACUAGAUCAACAGCCUCCUCAAAAGUUUAGAUAUGGGUUGGUGACUAUGGUUGUGAUCAGUCUUCAGGAAAUUAAUAUAGGUCAAUGUAAUAUUCUCAAAAAGCAUAGAAACCCAGCGUGUAUAUGUGUGUGUUUGUUUUUUCUUCAGAAAAACCCAUAUUCACUCAUGGGCUAAUGUCCAUUAUUUCAUUUGUACACAAAAUAUUAAACUAAACAUCUUGUAUCUCAGAAAAGAAUGCACUGAUAAAACUAGGAAUUGCUGGAUCAGGAAUAUUCAUCUUAUCUUCAUAGUAAAAUAAUUUACUUUACUGUGUAUUUCAAUGAUAAAGGAGUUACUGUACCAGAGAAUGUACUUUUUUGUCACUGCUUUAUCAGGGUUUUUUUUUUCAACCACAUCAAAUGCUACUUGGAGUGUAAUACAAAAAUAUACAGUUGUGUUUAAAUAUAGUGGUUUAGCGACAGCUUCUUAUAUGGGCACUGUCUUACAUUUACCAUCUUACUCAGUUGUCUCCCAGUGUGUGCAUUGUUCAGAUCAAGACUAAAGGGAAUUGUCAUCUGUUUGAGUUUGAAAAGUUCUUGUGUGAAGCACUGGUGAGUUGUGAAAGAUGGGAGUGCAAUGGUUUUCUACUUUUUGUAACUCAUGCUUGAGCAACUCUUUGUAAACGUCAUCCAUGUGUCAUCCAUUCACGUCAGAGACAAUAAAGCACUUAUUGGGAUAAACAGA